AUGGAGGGAGAAGACCUAGAUACACCUUUCUACUUCAUCGUCACCGGCAAAUAUUGUGACAUUUACUACGAUAACAAUGACUUCCAGCUACAAACCGAUUCCAUCUUUGUGGUAACUACGACAAGAAUGUAUUUUACAUCCGUCGCGAAGAGAUUCUUCUCCAACGAAGGGAGCUGGACAGAACGCGUUGAAGGUGCUCUGCAUGUUCAGAUCUAUCCUUUGAGCAAGUUCGAGGUCGAGCCCUCCAGCAAUCAAGCACCACCCACCAUUUCAGGCCCUGUGGUCAACCCGCAGCAUCCCAUUUCUGCGGAUGACGUGGAUCUCUAA